GUCCCCAACACACUGCUUUGGCCCCUGCUUCGGAUAAACGGGAGGCUCAAAUCAGGCUCCGUUUGAGUCAGUCGGCUGGUCAUUGAGUCAUUCUUGACCUCGGCUUGGAGUCAACCGAUUGAUGCAGACCGGGCGGACACGUCAGACAAGAUGUGCUCUUCUUGACUGCAUUGUGAGGGUAUAGCUCCUGGGAAACCCUGGUGUGACGGUCUAUGGGAAUCUCUCAUGUGACAGCAUCCCCUCGUUGGGCCCCAUGGUGGGUGGGGUCACUGGGAGCUGAAUUAAUAUUACAUAAUCAUGGAUCAUCAAAAAACAAAAACUACAGACAAUUCUACAAGGAAACAAAUCAUUUCCAGUCAGCCAACCUACUUCAUAGUCCAUGCUACUGGACAAACACCUCUAUCAAAAUGUUCUCCUUUUCUCAUCCAGAAGCUGUUUGAAUCUACAGUUGGAAAUUUGAAAAAAAUACAAAAAUUGAGGUCAGGAGAUCUGCUUCUAGAAAGAGCCUCACCUGAACAGUCUGCAAAACUUUUGGCAAUUAAGACACUCGGAGAUAUAGAAGUAACUGUCACCCCACAUGGAAGUCUAAACUCAUCACGUGGUGUGAUAUCAGAGAUCGAUCUGAUGUCUGAAGAUGAAUCAGAUAUUCAGAUCGGCCUUUCUGAUCAAGGUGUAACUGCCGUUCGACGCAUCUCCAUUCGUCGAGAUGGCAAGUUAAUUGCUACCAAACACUUAAUUUUAACAUUUAACAAAUCGACAUUGCCAUCUUUCAUUACUGCAGGAUAUCUGCGCUGUCCUGUCCGCCCGUACAUUCCAAAUCCGCUGUGUUGCUUGAAAUGCCAGCGGUUUGGACAUUCACAAACAUUCUGCCGAGGCAAAAGCGUAUGCGCACAGUGUGGGAGUGAAGACCACGUUAGUACUGAAUGUAAAAGUACCCCAUGCUGUGUGAACUGUAGAGAUGUCCAUCCUUCCUACUCUCAGAAGUGCCCUGCAUGGCAGAGAGAAAAAGAGGUUCAACGGUUAAAAACCAUAAAUAAUAUAUCAUACACAGAGGCCCGUCGUAUGGUCACCCCAAGUCCACCAACGAAACAAAAAACCUUUGCUGCUGUGUUGAAAUCUAUCAAGACAUGUGGGGUUCAAACAGAUAUUUCUGUAUGCCCAAGUGAAUCUCUUACUCGCCAUGCAAAAUGCUUAUUGAUUCCAUCUGCGCAAUCAGAAGAAAAGGAGAACACAAAGACCAAAACCUCUGUAACUAAAAUGGGAGUAACAACCAGAAAUGUGGGUUCUAAAAAAGCCAGUAAGAACCCACUUAACAAACAAAGAGUGCAAAAUCCAGCAGAAAAAUUCUUUCUACGAACGUUUUCGUCUAUAUUUAAUAGACAUCCUCAGGUAUUAAGAAGAUGGAACUAA